GUUUCCGGUCCAGCAUGGUUGAGACCAUUGCAGCCAUAGAUGGGGGAAUAGUCCUGCGCGGUUUGGCCGGCCUGCCUCAGUCACUUUAUCUUUGCGGCUCAAAACGCCCUAAUGCAGCUUCAACUUGUCUAGAAUUGCCUUUUAACCACCACGACGCAGAGGACACUUUUUGGACUGGUGCUGGUUCUGACUGAAAAAUUGGGCUACCCCCUCACAUCCGCCGUGUUGGUAUCGUCUAACGUCCACAGGUCCAGCUGAUUGCUUUGACUACCUUUCAAUUAUUCCUGUUACAACUCCCAACGUUUUGUUGGAGUCCAACGACAACCUUUGUGGCCCAAAGCGGCUCACGAUCUUUCCACUCGCUUCGUGAAUCUCCUGAGGAUUUGUUAGACACGACGACGGCAUUUUUGUUCGAGUCCUCCUCGCCUUUUUUGGAUCGUUGCUCUGCCGAGCGAGCAGGCCGCGGACUCAUCCCCAGCCUCGCGUAGUUCCUUGUGGCCGCCAUGGGUGACACCAGCGAGCGAAGCAAGCCCCCCAGCCUCCCUCCCCGGUGUCCCUGCGGCUUUUGGGGCCGUGUGCACUUCUCUGCGCCUCAACCUUGACCCUUGCGUGUUUACGUAGGCUUCUCUGAUGCAACACAACAAACUUUUCAAAAGAAUAUGGCGCCUCCGGUGCCGACUUCUCGGCUGACGGGUGAUGCAAUGCUUUGGUCAGCAACUGCAUUUGGCUGUUGGUCCAGUAAAACCAUGAACCUCUGCUCCAAAUGUUUUGCUGACAUCCAGAAGAAGCAGCCUGGUGAAGACUGCACCUCCAAGGCCAUGCAAAGCAGCGGCAGUAGCCAGACGCCUGUCUUCAGUAGCGAGACCGCCAUCACCACCAGCAGCACUCAGUCCAUAUCCUCAGCGGCAGCAUCGUCAUCAUCAUCGUCGCCACCCAGCUCUGCAGAGCAGCCAGCAGCUGAAGAACCGUCGCCACUCUUUGCCACCUCCAUGGAGGGUGUGUCGUCUACAGAAACGGCACAGGGUACACUGUGUACCCCCAUGAAGCGUCCUCGAGAGUCAGCCUCUGCCUCAGAGAGCGAGGCCACGCCGGAGAAGCGAUUGCGAGCGGAGGCAAAAGAUGGCGACAGCGAGGAGACAGGCGGGACGCCGAAGCAGAAGAAACGCCGGCGUUGCUACCGCUGCCAAACCAAACUGGAGCUGGUCCAGCAGGAACUGGGCUCCUGUCGCUGUGGAUAUGUCUUCUGCAUGCUGCACCGCCUCCCUGAGCAACACGACUGCCUCUUCGACCACCUGGGCCGGGGCCGCGAGGAGGCCGUCCUCAAGAUGGUCAAACUGGACCGCAAGGUGGGGCGGUCGUGCCAACGCAUUGGGGAGGAGUGUUCUUGAUUGGCCACGCCCCAGCUCACCAUUAAAUCCAAGAUGAGGCGCUUACCAAGACUGGGGGAGGGGGGAGGGGUGAGGACUAUGACCAUAAGUGGGUGGGUGAGGGUGGGGUAGGGGUUUGGGUUUGGGGGGGACCUGAGCUUGAUGAUUCUGAUUUUCCUGCUGGAGCAUUUGAUUGGACUCCUGGCGAAGCAGCUCGCACUCACACAGCCUUAACCCCGCCCCCUUAUCCAGAGGAAAGACGCCAAGGAGGCGGAUCCACUCUGCUAUGCGUUGCUCUUCCUCUCUCCGCUCUUCUUUUCUCUUUCCUAAGUACAGCAAGUUCUGGACGUUGUGCCCAACGCUCGUCUUCUCUGUCAGUCGCGGCGUCCGCCCGGCCAACGACGCCUCAGGUCGACCCCACCUUCCUCUUCUUUUUCACUUUUCUUCCACCAGUGAUCGGUUCCUCGUGCAGUAUUGGCGCUCCAACUCUGAUGGACCGCUGACUCCAGGGAAAACCCAAAACGUGUGUGUGUGUGUGUGCGUGCGUGUAGCAAAUCCUCCUCUUCCUUCCCCUCCCUGACGCUCGGUACUGUUGUUCCUCACACUUGGCGGGAAGUACGACUGAAUUUUUGUAUUCUCAUGAAGUUGUUCACCAGAACACCGCCAAGGAGUACCUGAGGGGAUCACAUGACAUGCUACCCUCCUCAAACCGUUCUUUUAAUUUAUUUCUUAUUUUGUCUUUUGUGGCUAGAAUUUAUAUGUUUGGAUAAGGGGCCGUGUGGGUUUUCUCUUUGCAACAAGAAUUGAAUCUUUUCCUAACUGAGGAUUGCAGGGCGACAUACAUACAUAGGAUCUAUGUAUAUACAUACAUAUAAUGUAUGUAUAUACAUACAUCCUAUGUAUGUAUAUACAUACAUUAAAUGUAUGUACAUACAUACAUAGGAUGUAUGUAUGUCUUUUGCUCGUCUGCUCUCAAGCUAGCACGCUAAUCGUCUCUCAGAAAUAAGAUCUUUAUCAGCGGAUUUCCACAGAAAUAAAACUCCCAUAUUUUAGGGAUAUCAGCGACAUGAUCAAAUUCACUGGUAUCGCAAAUGCUGCCGACGUGAAGGAUCAAUUUGACGUGCAUGACAUCACAAAUUAAAACUGUUGGGACGCUACCACUCGCUUUGAUCCAGAACUCUUAAAUUAAUUUUGAUUGCUUUGUGUUCUGUCCUCGCUCCUAAUUUGUGAAACAUUGUGGAUUUGGUUUGUUUUAGCGCAUUCCUUCCACCAGGAGCUAAUUAAGCAUCAUAGCAGGAGGAAAGGGAGAAUCAAUCAACGAUGCCUCCUUCCUCCCCGACUAAAGGGACAAAACGUCACAGCUAAAUCUGGCUGGGAUGAUUUUGGAAAGGAAAUGCUUUUUGAGUGCUAAUUAGAAAUGGAAGAAAAUAUCUUUGUGUACCUUUUUAAAGAAAAUAAUUAUUUAACCUUAUAUCAGUUUGAGUUACUUACACCCUAGCAUAGAGUGGCAUAUUUAGUUCAUUGUAUUGAAAAGAAGCAAGAACGUUUCUGUCCUGUUUUCUCCUUUUGAUUUUGCGUUCCCUGUUCUGCUGAGGAAAAUAAACUGGAUUAAAAAUG